AUGGAGUUUCCCAGUUUAGACAUCACCCAGAGUCAUGGAAGGGAUGGGCCAAUACAAAAUCUGACUCAAGCCUGAAAAACUUGUCAGUCUGAAGAGUAAUGAGUUAGAAGAGCAGACACAUGGGCUUGAGGGGCAGACAGCUGAUUUGUCGACACUUUUUCCAGAAGCACCCAGCAGAGCUGUUACUUUGAAGACUAUUAUUUUGUUACAUCUGCCUUGAAUCUGGACACAUUACACAUUUUGACAGAGAAGCUGGUGGAGUGUUUUGUUCUGUCAGAACCACAGGAGAUAUCAUCACUGUUUGUGUCAGGCUGUGGCCAUGUCGGCUGACAGACUGAGCAGCGUGUCAAGGGAGGUGAAGCCAGAGAGCGUGUCGCUGUGUCCUCUGGGCACCGCAGCUGCCCCUGAACAGGAGCUGUUGUGUAUCUUUGGGACGGGGGACUUAGGGCGCUCUCUGGGCCAGCGUCUGCUCCAGUGUGGCUACAGGGUGGUAUACGGCAGCCGCAGACCUCACAGCUGUGGACCAUUGCCUCAGGGAGCUCAGGCAUUAAACCACGAGGCAGCAGCCCAGUCAGCCAGUCUGGUCUUUAUUUGUAUUCACAGAGAACACUACGACUUCCUGGAGACACUUGCACCUCAACUCAGGGGGAAGGUGCUGGUGGACGUCAGCAACAACCUCAAGAAGAAUCUAUACCCAGAGGCCAAUGCUGAGUAUCUGCAGAGGCUGAUCCCUGGAGCUCAUGUGGUGAAGGCUUUUAACACCUUGUCUGCCUGGGCCCUGCAGAAUGGACCAUCAGAUGCCAGUAGACAGGUGUACCUGUGUGGAAACAGUGCUGAAGCAAAGCAGGCAGUGACAGAGGUGGCCACCAAACUGGGCUUCGCUGUCCUGGAUAGAGGCUCUCUGUGUGCAGCCAAAGAGCUGGAGGACUUUCCCUUACAGCUUUUCCCAGAGUGGAGACUUCCACUACGUGUGGCCAUUGGCCUCACCGCCGUCUUCUUCGUCUAUGUGGUCCUUAGAGAUGUUGUCUAUGCAUAUGUUGACCAGGGGAAAGACAUCUCCUUUAGAAUCAUGGUGUCCAUGGCCAACAAGGUGUUUCCCAUUGUGUCUCUCAUCAUGUUAUCUCUGUGUUACGUGCCUGGUGUCAUAGCUGCCUUCCUUCAGCUCUACAGAGGAACCAAAUACAAGCGCUUCCCUGACUGGUUGGAUCGCUGGAUGCUGUGCAGGAAACAGCUGGGACUGGUAGCACUUGGCUUUGCUGUUCUACAUGUGCUCUACACUCUCAUCAUUCCUAUAAGAUAUUAUGUGAGGUUCAAGAUUGCCGCUAGUACCGUCUUGCAGGCCAAGGAAAACCAAACAGCAGUGAUGGACAACACCAUUGCCUGGCGUACAGACUCUUACUAUUCAAUGGGAAUUCUGGGAUUUGGCCUUUAUCUCCUAUUGGGAAUAACCUCUCUCCCCUCCGUCAGUAAUGCUCUCAGCUGGAGAGAGUUCAGCUUCAUACAGUCCAAGCUGGGAUACCUGACAGUGUUCUUCUGUACCUUUCACACCUACCUGUAUGGUUGGGACAAGUUCCUUCGCCCCUCUUACUAUAAAUGGCACACACCUCCAGCCUACUUGCUCGGUCUGGUGGUGCCCUCUGUGUUGCUGGUGCUGAAGUUGGUGCUCCUUCUGCCCUGUGUCGACCGCAUCCUCACCCGCAUUCGACAGGGCUGGGAGAGGAAUGAUCUAGAGGACGGCAGUGAGAAAGCGUUGCUAACAUAGACUCACAAUUACAGACACAAAAACAAUGGUGUGCGCACAGAUGCAAAGACACCAUAAUGACUUGCUUUCCAAGAGCUCUAUCAUAACUCCGGCUCAUUUUUUUAAAUGGCAUGGAUCCAAGACUGACAAUAGCACCUAUUGUUCUGUCAUUUACAAAGUCAAGAGACAAAAGAUUAUAACUUCCCUCAGUUUGUUUUUCUGUCAUCAUCUUGGAAUUGUUCUCUUCAUAUAUAAUCAUAAUACAAUGGCACUAUGUAGACUUUCAUCAGUUAUACAAAUACCUUAGAGACUCAUAGACACGCAACUGUACAGCAUUUAAACACCAGUGUUUCAUAAUUUCAUCAUGUACAUCCCAUAUUGUUACAGACUCUGACUCUGAGGCGGGCAGCUUUGUUGUGCUUCACUUAACAUCAGCAGCAACAGUUUGAAUUUGAUUGUUUUACCUCAGAGUUUUUCAUCAGCCUUCAUCUUCAGUAUGUAAUGGCUUAUGUUUACUGGAUUUUUUAAUAUCCUUUUCUGUAAAUUUUCAGAUGUUUUUGUUCCUUCUUAUUCUUGUUAAAUAAAUGUAAGUGU